AUGGCUCCAUCAACCGUUUUCUCUUACUGGCGCCGCGACCAUCGGCGCUCGUCCGCAUCACCAGCUACGUUGGCCGCGUCACCAUCUUCGAAAGGGACAAAUGGAGGACCGAUAAGCAGUCCUCCACAAAUACCAGAGAUUCUGGAUACCCCGACACUGGCCACAACUUUCAACGGUCGCCCCUCUCACGAUGAACAUUCCUCGAUCGAGUCGCCGCUGGAGAUCGAUGCCUCAAAGUUAAACAUAAGCUCAUCAGCAGCGCCGCUUUCCUCAUCCCUCACUCUCGCUGUACCUUCGCCGACAUACGAGAAAGACACUCGUCCUCACUCGAGCCCCGGCGACUGUGAAGGCGAACACUCCACAUCCGAAUCAAAAAAUCCACAGCCGUCAAGUACGGGUCUACGCGCUGAUCAAGGGGAUGGGGAGUCGUCAAAUUACAAACAGAGCUCACCAUUCCGACGCUCAUUCGGAAAACAGAAGCGAUCGCCGACUGCUGCCGCUGGAUCAGGACAUUUCCGUUUCAAGACCUCGCCGGAGGACUCACCAGCAGACAAACAAAGCAUGCCGAAGGAUUUUAAGAUCGAGAGCACUUCUGGAGGCCCCAAGCGCAGCGGAGAGCGCGAUGUCCCCGGGGAACAACCGCAUCACAAAUCGGGCAAGGCGAUGCUUCAUCUCUUGAAUCCAAUGUCUCUACUUGCGCGCCGGCGGUCCGCGCAGGUUGUCUCUACUCGUGCGCAAGACCUCAAAAUCACGAAUCGCAAUGUUCCGGCGAUGCCGGAUGAUUACGAUCCUAGGAUUCGUGGUAAAAUUGUGCAUGACUUUUCAGCGCCUCGACCUCGCCGUAAUGUCUCCGCUACACAGUCAGAUACCACUGCGCAAUAUGCAUCACCCGGACAAAUACCUGGCCACCCUAAUGGAUCUCGUUGGAACGAUCAUUCAAAGCCUCACAGUGAUCGUUCGCCGGUAUUUAAAGAACACUUUGAGGACCAGAACGUUCUACAGGUUGAAAAUAAGGGAUAUCUCCAGUCUUCACUCCUGACGACCCAAUCCCAACCUGGGCAUGAUCAACCAUUACCGGUCUUUGCUAGAAACUUACCGUCUCAUUUACCUGAACAAACACACGAAGCUGCGGAGCAGCCUGAGCCUAAACCCGAAGUGGAAGAGGCCCUGAGCGCCCCAGAACCAGUCUCUCACACACAUCCAGAACAUCAAGACCAAGAUACCAUCUCCCACGCUCCUUUCAAUUCCUCGGGCCUCCCGAGACAUCUCAAGAGUAAUGCUUCUCGCUUCAGCUUUGACAUGACAGGGGUAGAAUCAUCAACCCAAGAGAAAAUGUUGGAAGAGAAGCACAAGGCAAAGGAAGCAUGUCGCAAAGUGGAGGACGGAUAUUUUGAUGACUUUGAUGACGACUUUGACAAUGACAUGCUGGAUGACCUGGACGGGCUCGAAGAGAAGAUUCCGGGCGUCAACGUGGAUGCGGAUGAUGACGAUUAUGACGACUUCUCCCUGUCUGGCAACCUCAACGGCGGAGCAAAGUCAUGGGCCAUUCCUGGAUUGUCCCCUGUAGUUGCGAGUCCGGUUACCCCUGCGCCGCCAAACCAGAGCAACAACUCAUACUUCGCACCCGUUGUACCCAACCACGGGAACACACCGUUGAAUGUUGAGCAGGGGCGAGAUAUCGUUGCAAGCUCUGGUCUAGCCGCCCAGCCACAGACCACUGCCAACGAAAACCCGCAAGUCCUUGAUGAUGACGACGACCUCUACUUUGACGACGGCGAGUUUGGAGAUCUUGAUCUGGACAAUCAAGAUGGAGGAUUUGACGAGUCUAUAUUCGACGAUGAGACCAGUCACUUAUACGAACGGAAACCGGUUGGUGCUCCUACUGCACCUCCCGCAAAAAACAACCUUGACCCUGUCGAUGAAAAUUCGCCAGAUAAAGAAACGUUCGUGGCCGAAAAUGGGGACAAUGGGUUGAAGCACAUGUCUAGUGUGGCCAGUGACUACCGAACUGGGUCAGUCAAACGUGGUCCCCUAGGUGAGUCAAUACCGAAUAUGGGUCCUUCCCGGGCCCAUGGUGGUGUGCUCACAGAGCAAAAUUUGGAUCUUUUGCAUAACGCUCUAGCAUUUGCGGCCAGCGAAUCUGGCCAUGGUGGACGGUUUGAUCGCACCUUUAGCACGAGCGACAGGUCUCAGGGUCAAGAAAGCAUGGGUCAGACAUCGCAGACAUUGGACUUGCAGCCAGGCCUGACCUCGGACGAAAGUCGAGUCAGCCAAUCUGCAGACCCUAUGGGACACGAGGAUAUCUUGGACGAUGGCCUAUACGAUGAUUUUGACGAUUCGUAUUUUGACGAUGCAAUCGUUGCCGCUGCCAACGCAGAGGCUCUUGAAAAUGACGACGAUGGGUUCUACGGCCAGGAGUUCGGGUUCUACGCACAUGCAGACGGUGGCGACAGCUCUGAACUGACCAAUGGUGGAUACUUCGGCCCUCGGCGUGUUGAGGGCAUAACACGCAGCCACAGCAGACGGGCAAAUUUCCAAGAGCCCAGCCUGACACCAAUCACUGAACGAAGUGAGUGGAGCACGCGGAACUCCAUGAUCUCCCUCAAGGCCCACGGAGCUACCCACGGAGCUACCCACGGAGCCACCCAUCCCAACUCAGCCCUGGCGAGCCCCGGUUUGGCUCAGCUAGUUGACAUGGGAAAUUUGGAUGAUGAAAUGUCGCUCAGUGCACUCAUGAAAUUGCGACGAGGAGCUUGGGGUGGGAGCAAUGGUAGCCUGCGCAGUAGUGCAGGUAGCCCACCUCACACGCUCUCGCCAUCUCAUCGCACAAGCUUUACUGGUGCUGAAGCAAGUCCCAGUGUUCCCGAUGCGAGACCUUUGAUUCCCGACGAAGGACCAACGAGCGUUGGUUAUUUCCACGACGAUGGUCACUCAGGGACCUCUACAGCUUCCCCACUGUUUGGACAAACUGCCGAUCUCCCGACCAGCGGAAUCAUCACCGGGCCGGGAGCUCUCGCAGAUUGUAACCAAGUGUCAGUCCCUGGAAAUGACCACCUGAACGUUCUAUAA